AUGCCAAUUGGGAAGUCUCGAACAGUGUACGGGCUCCCAUUGCCCAACAGACGGCUCCGUGUUGCCUUGUCCGCCCACCGGUCGACAUCGCAACCCGCCGUCAUGAGCAUUGGCGGUAGCGACCUCGACAAGGCGAUCCAGCAGCUGCGCGCAUGUCGGCCCAUCCCCGAGAACCAGGUCCGCGAGCUGUGUUACAAGGCACGAGAGCUGCUGAUAGAGGAGGGCAACGUGGUGGGUGUAGAUGCCCCCGUGACGAUAUGCGGGGAUAUCCAUGGCCAGUUUCAUGAUCUCAUGGAACUAUUUCGGGUCGGGGGAGACGUUCCAGACACAAACUAUCUGUUCAUGGGCGACUUUGUUGACCGUGGCUUCUACUCGCUCGAGUCCUUUCUCCUCCUCCUCUGCCUCAAAGUCCGAUACCCAGACCGCAUAACGCUCAUCAGAGGCAAUCACGAGUCACGGCAGAUUACGACAGUCUAUGGAUUCUACGACGAAUGUUUGCGGAAAUAUGGCAGCGCCAAUGUCUGGAGACACUGCUGCGACGUCUUCGACUACCUCGCCCUCGGUGCACUCGUCCAAGGCGCCGCCACUUCUCUCCAGCCCACCGAUGGCCCCAUUGCCGAAUCUAGCAAUCUCGAAAGCAUGCCCGACAGCGACCAAGACAUUGAAAUCGAAACGCUCAACGCAAAUGGCGAAAUCAUGUACCGCUACGCCCGAAAUUCAGACUCGCAGUCCAGCGCCGCCUCCCAAGUAAGCGCAAACAUGGGCUCGUCGUCUCCCGUCGCGCCCACUCCUUCCCACGUCGGCCCCGCCGGCACAGCCGCCACCUCAUCCUCCAACGGCUCCAGCCGCAACGACACAGGCGCCAUUCUCUGCGUCCACGGCGGCCUCUCGCCGCUCGUCGACAGCGUCGACAAGAUUCGCCUGCUCGACCGCAAACAAGAAGUCCCCCACGAAGGCGCCAUGUGCGACCUCCUCUGGUCCGACCCCGACGAAAUCGACGGCUGGGGCCUGUCCCCGCGCGGCGCAGGCUUCCUCUUUGGCGCCGACAUUGUCAAGACGUUCAACCACAGAAACGACCUCAGUCUCAUUGCGCGCGCCCACCAGCUGGUCAUGGAGGGCUUCAAGGAAAUGUUCGACUCGACCAUUGUCACUGUGUGGUCGGCACCCAACUACUGCUACCGCUGCGGCAAUGUAGCCGCCAUCCUUGAACUCGGCGAGGAUGGUUCCAACGCGGGCUUCCAGCGCAGAAGUAAUGGCGAUCGAGGCGGCGGUGGUGGCGGCUGGAUCUUGGGUUCCAAUGCCGGCCCACCGAAUGGUGGUGGUGGUGCCGGUGGCGGCGGCGGCGGCGGCAGCGACAGGAGGCUGAGUUCUCUGGUCGGCGCUACGUCUGGCUAUGGCGGCGAAGGGGGGUUUCAACAGAGGAAUCGCGAUGGGCCGGGGCGGAGGUACAGGGUGUUUGAGGCGGCGCCGCAGGAUUCUAGAGGCAUGCCGGCUAAGAAGCCUGUGGCGGAUUAUUUCUUGUAA